UGGUUCGUGCGCUCUGGAUCCGUCUCCAGAUUCUCACCUCAGCUGGACGAGGACGGUCGGGUCCGUGCCGGUGUUGUGUCGGGACACUGGUCCUCAUGGAUCCGUGUGAUCCGGCUCCUGUGGUCUGAUGGUUCUCCUCCCAGCGGCACUCAGGAGACAAUGCGUCUUCUCGCUGCGCUCACUUUAUUUGGAGUCUUUCUCCGCGCAGGAGACAGCCUUCAGAUCCAGUGCUACCAGUGUGAGGAGAUGAAGCACAACGACUGCUCCACACCGGAGUACAUCGUCAACUGCACCAUCAACGUACAGAACACAUGUCAGAAGGAGGUUCUGGUCAAACCUGAUGAAAUCAUUCAUCCUAUGUGGUUAAAGCAAUGGGCUUGUGACCAGAGGAUUCUUGGUUCAAAUCCCCGUCAGACUGGAAAAUCACUAAGAAAAUCACUACGCCUUGCAUGGCAGCACUCUGGCAUCGGGAUUCAUUACCGAAAAUCCUGCGCAUCCUCUGGGGCUUGCCUCAUCGCCUCGUCCGGCUACCAGCAAUUCUGCACAGGGAAGCUCAACUCAGUCUGCAUCUCCUGCUGUAACACCCCGCUCUGCAACGGGCCCAAGAGAAAGCGUCCCAUCCCAUCGGCAGCGAUGUUAAGUCCACAGAUGAUCCAGCCACUUUUCUUCCUCCUGACGUUCCUCCUGCUGGCGCUGGGAUCGCUUGAGCACCUCACUCUGACAUAGACCAGCAGACACACCUCAUGGCUGCUGUUUACCAUGGAGUCCAGACCUGCAGUUGCUGCUGGGAUACAUCAGCAGAUUUGGACAUCACACUGUCUUUCUAACUUCUCUGCAUCAUGGGAAAACUUAUUCUGACCCCUGGAACCAUUGACAAUGACUCACAC